CAUCUAAGAUGAUCUUAAGUAUUUCUCUAGGAAAAAUCCAAGUCAAGUUAAUAGUAGACUUAAGUUAAUCUUGUCUGAUUUACCACACACACACAGUACUCAGUUUAAAGUUUUUAAAGUGACACACUUUGUUAUUUCAAAUGUUGAUGUGAAAAGUUUUAUUUCUAUUUAAAAUGGAAAUAGAAGAUAUAAGAAAUAUUGAUUUAGAAGAAGUUGAUGAUGAUUCUAUAAGCGAUGAUGAAGGUUAUAUGCGAGCUCCAAAAAGAUACAUAAGAGACUGGAUCAAUCCGUUUGAAAUGUAUAACAAUCGAGAAUUCAAAAGACGUUUCCGAUUUAAUAAAGAUUCUAUUCUAAAUGGAAUUCUACCUCUAAUAGAAAAUGAACUUAUAUGUAAUAAUAACCGUGGUCUUCCCAUUCCUCCAUUGUAUCAAUUGUUAAUUUGUCUACAUUUCUAUGCAACAGGAAGUUUUCAACAAGUACUUGGAAAUACCAUGAUCGUCUCACAGUCAACUGUUUCAAGAACAGUUUUUCGAGUAUCUCUACUUUUAGCAAGACUCUUAAACCGAUUUGUAAAAAUGCCUUCUUCGUCAGAUGCCAUACGAGAGAAUCAAAGACUUUUUAAAGAUAUCGGAUGUGGUAAUAGAGGUAUUGGUUUACCUGGUAUUGAAGGAGCAAUUGAUUGCACGUAUAUACGCUUAAUUGGUACAAGAUUCCAUAAUACAGAAGAAAUUUAUAGAAAUCGAAAAGGAUAUUUUUCAUUAAAUGUACAGGCUGUUGUAGGCCCUAGAACAGAAUUUCUGGAUAUUGUUCCAGAAUGCCCGGGUGGCCAACAUGACAGUCGAAUUUUCCAAAACUCUAGAAUAUACAUGCGAUACGUUCAACGACAGUUAACAGGAACUCUCGUUGGAGAUGCUGGGUAUCCGUGUCUACCAUUUCUUUUAACUCCAAUUCAAAAUCCAGAAACAGAUGAGGAAAUUGCUUACAACGUACUUCAUAGAAGAACACAUCAAGUUGUUAAAAGAACGUUUGGAAUUUGGAAGCGUAGAUUUCCAUGUCUAUCAAGAGGGUUAAGCAACAAGUUGAUUUGUUCAACUACAAUUGUAGUUGCUUGUGCUGUGUUACAUAAUUUGUCAUUAACGUUUAAUGAUAUUUUGGAAGAAGAAGUAGAAUAUAACGAAAUAGAUGUAUCAGAAAAUGAACCACAUUGGCAACCAGGUGAAGGUUUUGCGAUAAGAGCAGCGCUUAUUGAAAGACUAUAUAAAUAAAUUAUAUCCACUGAAAAAAAGACAUUAAAUAUGUAAAA